AUGGAUAUAUACGAUCACGUCCAGGGAGAUCUUUUCUCCAACGAUCAAACCAAGAACGGAGGGUCCCAGGAGGAUGCGUCCAAGUCCAACGAACCGGCCGUCGACCUGAACACCGAGCUGCAGGAGACUUUCCGUGCCUUUUCCGCAAGCCCCUGGGGCUCACGCCUGGGUGAUAUCUGGGGCACCGUCCGCAAGCAGGGAGAGACUUACUACGAAGGCGCUCGACAGGAAUACGCCGCGGCUAGUGAGGAAGCUGUCAAGGGUUUCUCCGAUCUCAAAGAAAGUCUUGUUGGGCGGACGAGGGGCUUAUCACUCGGCACAGCGUUAGGCACCACUGAACAAGGUACAACAGACGGCUCCCUGACACCUACUGAAUCCAGCGCCGAAUAUCCCUCGAAGACAGAACAGCAGAAAGAUGGCGGCGACCAGAAGGCUGCUGCCGGCGACAGCUUUCUCACUCGCUUCAAGGCGGAGGCGGCUCGACGGCUGAAAGAGAUUGAGAAGGCAGAGGAAGCUGCAGACGAGGCGAUUAUGCGGUUCGGAAUGAAUAUCACGCAGAAAUUACGAGAGGCUGUUACAAUCGUGCCCCCGGAGGAGGAGUCGGGCUCGAAGAUGCUGUUCGAGAGCAAAGAUGCUGAAGGCAAGAGGGUUAUUCAUGCUACACGUUUUGAAGCUCAGCUUCAUGUCAUCCACACGACCCUCGAGAGCUUCCUCAAGGAUCCUGCUAGUGACAAGUGGCCCGAGUUCCAAAAAUCAUUCAACAUCGAUGAGAAAACUGGGUCUAUUGCUGCGGAUCUGGAAAAGUACCCUGAAUUGCGCACCGCAAUGGAGAAGCUUGUCCCGGAGAAGGUGCAGUACACGGAUUUCUGGUCUCGGUAUUAUUUCCUCCGUCUUGUUAUCGAAACCGAGGAGCAGAAGAGGAAGGAGCUACUCAAGGGUGCCAACGCCAAGGAAGAGGAAGAAGUUGGUUGGGAUGACGACUCUGACGAUGAUACCGACUCUCCUUCGACUCCCCAGGUCUCGGACAAGGCCAAGAGCAGCAAGGAUGCUGCCCCUCCAGCCUCUACAGAAUCCAACACCCUGAAACCCAACGAGCCCCGUCGAUCGAAUGACCAGGGUUCGCAACCCGACAGCGAGUCCAGCUACGAUCUCGUCAGCGGUGCCACUAGUCGAACUCCCGCUAGCCCUAGAGAGAAAUCCAAGGACGAUGACAGCGAUGAUGAUUGGGAGUAG